AUGAUUACGGCCAGUUAUUGGGGGCUUAAGACGAACGCACUCAUCUGUAUGCUUUUCAAGACCACCAGCUAUUAUCUAAAUCAUUAUGUCGAUGUGUUUAUGGUUGUGGUUUCCGUCAGCCGUUUUUGCCUCAUCAUCCUCGAUUACGAUAUGCCAUUCCUGGGGCUUCUUGCCGUCGGGGCUCUCUUCUAUUCACGCCAGAUCGGCCUGAUUCUGUCCAGCACCCUGCCCGCCAUUCUACAGUCCGGAACGGUCCUGCAAAUCACAUUGGCAAAUACGAAAAUCAGCGUCCCAUUUCUGAUCGACCUCCUCCUUCGAAUAGGCGGGCGUGCGUAUCUUUUCUUGGCCGUUGCCCUGCCGUUCCUAUUCAUCCGCGCCUUUCAGGAAGAAUUCGUCACCCUAGUGUUUGGGAAACAAUCCUCGCGUCGUGUUUUUUCCGACAAAUCGUCCGUGAUCUCGGUGCGGGAGGCCAAGACGCAGGAGAGCACCGCC